AUGCAUGGGACGUCUUGUCCAGCGGUGACAACGGAUCUUUCAUGCGAAAUAACAGAUUGCUCUGUUAGGCCAGCCUUAUUGAAGAAUUCGUAUAGGAUUGAAGAUGAACAAUCCGAAGUUGCUCUAAGAAAUGUUUGGAGAAAAGUUAGAAAUUGUGCGGUUGCAACUCAAUAUCAUUUGGAAAACGCCGCUGGAUAUUCUCAAUUCAAUUUCAAAUGUGCUCGUCUUCAAUACCUACUGGGUGAAUUUUGGGAUACUACUCUGAUUGAAGCUGAUCAGUUUAUCCAAAAUAAUUCCAUUUAUAAUUUGAAUAAUGCUCGAAAUUUUGGUAAAUUCUUGCAAGCAAAGCUUAUUGAGGUCAAGAAAUACCUCCACGAACUGAACCGACUUUGUAUUAAAUCAGAGUUGAUCACACCUUUGCGAAAGUCGGUUCACCCAAAUGAGUUCACUGACCCGAUCAGGGGAGUUAUUUUGUGUGAUUUUUGGGACGAAGUAAAGAACAUCUACCUCAGACGAGGUCAGAAUGUGAAGAUAAUCAGAACAAAUCUGAGUACAUCCGGAUCAGGAAAUGUUCACGUAAUCCGGUUGGAAGAUUAUGGGAAAGAAAUUGUUGUUCCCUCGGUAUACAUUGGUCUAACAGAGUGUGAUCAUGAGAGUGUCGAACUGGCUGCUAACAUGCAUGAUAGAUUUCUAGACACCUGGAGCAAAGAAAUCGAUAAGUGGCUAGUUAUAGCAGUUACACUUUUGGAGCAUCUUCUCGAUUUGAUGACAAAAGAUGCGGUGGUUUCUUUCGAGGACCACAACAUGGUUAUCCACCUUUUAAAUGAAAUUGAGCUCGCAUUCCCACGGAGAGAAGGCUCAGUUAUAAAUGACAAUAUUUUGGAUAAAAUUAAACUUGUGAGAGCGAAGUGUAUGGACAUUGAUACAGAUGAGCGACGGAUUCCAGAGGAAAGGAAGAAGAUUGAUCGCGAGAACAUUUGCGGUUAUCUCUCUGUUAUGAAGAAUUUAAAGGAACACAUGCGUGCCUUCAAUUAUGCAAAAUCCCACCCACAUAGCGAGAAGAAGACAGUUGAAUGGAACGUCGAGCCAAUUAUGAAAGAGAGUGAACAUCUAGUAUCCGCCGUUGAAAAACUAGCUACUGAGUUGGAAAGAGUUCGUAAUGAACUAGUCUCCCUUUCAACGGUUAAGGAUUUGCAAACUCAAAUUCGUGACCAUGCUUCAGCAACAUUGUCACAAUUAUCUAACUCAAAUCAAGGACUCCUCGAGGAACACAGUAGUCAUAUUCGAAAGUCCAUAAUUGAUAUGCAAAAUAUCAUGAACGAAGCCGAGUUCAUGAACACUACGGAAGGCGUUACAAAUCCGAUAUUCAAGGUCUGUCCCCAGUGUAAGAAUAAGGUGUAUACUGGAUAUGUACACGAGCACAGUAGCAAAACAAUAACCGAAAAGAGUACGUUUAGUGACAUAAAGAGGGUCGUAAAAUGUGACGAAGGAAUACAAGUCAAUAUUCCGAUGGCGUGUACUCGGGUCGGGUCUUUGAGUUCGAAAGGAAAAAAAAAAGAAGAGGCCGAAUAUGAAGAAACAACUACAACAACAACUGUAACAACGCAUGCUAAAGUGAAGAAGGUAGUUGUGGAGUCCACCAAACCUAGAAAAGGUAACUACGUUGUGAAUCUGAAUAUACCUGGACCUCAAGUACUACCCAAUGUCGAUGAUUCAGAAGUCGCUGAAGAACCUUUAUACAUAAGUGAGUGUGAAGUUUUACCUAUUGUCGCUUCAAUUCCUUCGACGAUUUAUGCAAGUUCAAAUGGGACGGAGGUACAUUCAGUGGAAAUGUCGAUCGAGAGCGAAGGAAAAAUAAAGCCUAGAGAUAAUAAACAAAACCUAAUGGAUCCAUUAGUUGUUAAUAAAUUCAAAUCAACUGCGGUUUAUAGCUCAUUAUCAAUAAUAGGAUCUGAAGAAAAGGGAACAAAGGGGAAGGAAGUAUCGAAAAAUUUGAAACAUAGCACUUCAGAAAGAGGAAUUAAAACAGAAAUCAGUUUAAGUCGCCAAGAUAUUGAGGAUAUGGGAAACAAAGCAGUAACGGAAGCAACACAAACACCGACGCCAAUCAAAUGCAACUCGGCUACACAACUAGGCAAUACAACUACACAUUCAGAAAAUCAAACCAAUGAUAUGGACCUAACAAAUAACAAAAUUGAGUCGACAGUUUAUAACUACCAAAAUUCACAAACAAGAUUAGAAGAAAGAAUAAUAAAGGAGAGGGGAACUUCACCGAUUGUGGAAUCAAAGCGAAUUUCUGUUUCAACCAGCACUGACUUCACGGAGGAACGAAUACUCCCUAUGGAAGUACAGAAAGUGCAUGAAACUCCAAGAUCGAGAUCUUAUCCUCCCAAAUCCACAGCAACUAUGUGCGCCUUGGAGUUGGACAGGGUUGGAAUUACGAAGGAUGACAUCGUUGGUGGGGACGAAGUGAGGAAAGCGAGUAUUCAAGCCAUUGGUAGAAGUGACGUGACUUACCUAUUUGCCACUGAUGUGGCUAAGACGGUGAUUAAAGGAAAAUGCCUACAAACAGCCAAGCUGCCUGCCUAUGAUACUGGUGAUGUGCACGUUGACGUCGUCGAUGAUGAGGCGAUUGGGCGCUCAGGCGGAAGAAGUGUUGUGAGCAAGUCCACGGAAACGCUUCGGAAGAUGAGGAGCAGUGGAACAGACGCGAUGCCUGACAUGAUUCUUCGUACCGCGAAGGGUCAAACCUUAAGUGUUGCUCCCGUUGUUUCACGGGCAAUGGAGUUGCCGCAGGAAGUGGCAAUCACUGAAUCGAUAGCGAACGACACCCACACUGCUCUAGUUCAGACCACGUUACCAUUGCCUCGUGGUCCGAAUCUCGUUUCGACGGCAGUGAUGCCCUCAGUGGACAUUAUAGAAAGGUUAGUGAAGGAGUGGCUUAUGCGGAGAGAUGAGUUGCCAUUCGAAUCAGCCGAUUACGCUGCUCUGCUGCGAAAGCGCGAAGAAGAAGAAAUGGAGAGGUAUAGGAAGCCGGCAACUGAGGUUGUCCGUAAGACAAAGGAGCGUGGAGUGAGGACAGUGAGGGAGAAGAGGCUGAGAUUGUUCCACCUAGAGACACAAGUGUCGCCUAUUUUGGUGACUGGAGAGUGCCAGACAAUUGGUCUCAAGGUGAAGGAAACUUCGAUGGAGACGCAAAAUCGAAGAGUGGCUAUUGAGACGAGCACACAAACGUGGAGUGAAGACGUGGUCAUGGAAAGGUUAGUGGCGGUGGAUAAUGCGGCGAUGUUUGUUGAGGAUAGUUCCAGCGUAGGCGUGAGGCUGUGUUCCACGGCGAUAUCGUCUGCCCAGGCAGUUAACGCCACCGAGGACAUGGUAUCGAACGCUGCCACGAAGGGCGACGAAGUCUACGCGGUGAGCAGAUUGGGUCGUGAGAGUGUUGUGACAGUUUCUACGACUUUGGACGGGACCAAGCCGCAAGAGGCCAUCACAGCGUAUACAAUGAGGACAGGAAGGAUAAAGGAGAGGGGCACUUCACCGAUUGUGGAAUCAAAGCGAAUUUCUGUUUCAACCAGCACUGACUUCACGGAGGAACGAAUACUCCCUAUGGAAGUACAGAAAGUGCAUGAAACUCCAAGAUCGAGAUCUUAUCCUCCCAAAUCCACAGCAACUAUGUGCGCCUUGGAGUUGGACAGGGUUGGAAUUACGAAGGAUGACAUCGUUGGUGGGGACGAAGUGAGGAAAGCGAGUAUUCAAGCCAUUGGUAGAAGUGACGUGACUUACCUAUUUGCCACUGAUGUGGCUAAGACGGUGAUUAAAGGAAAAUGCCUACAAACAGCCAAGCUGCCUGCCUAUGAUACUGGUGAUGUGCACGUUGACGUCGUCGAUGAUGAGGCGAUUGGGCGCUCAGGCGGAAGAAGUGUUGUGAGCAAGUCCACGGAAACGCUUCGGAAGAUGAGGAGCAGUGGAACAGACGCGAUGCCUGACAUGAUUCUUCGUACCGCGAAGGGUCAAACCUUAAGUGUUGCUCCCGUUGUUUCACGGGCAAUGGAGUUGCCGCAGGAAGUGGCAAUCACUGAAUCGAUAGCGAACGACACCCACACUGCUCUAGUUCAGACCACGUUACCAUUGCCUCGUGGUCCGAAUCUCGUUUCGACGGCAGUGAUGCCCUCAGUGGACAUUAUAGAAAGGUUAGUGAAGGAGUGGCUUAUGCGGAGAGAUGAGUUGCCAUUCGAAUCAGCCGAUUACGCUGCUCUGCUGCGAAAGCGCGAAGAAGAAGAAAUGGAGAGGUAUAGGAAGCCGGCAACUGAGGUUGUCCGUAAGACAAAGGAGCGUGGAGUGAGGACAGUGAGGGAGAAGAGGCUGAGAUUGUUCCACCUAGAGACACAAGUGUCGCCUAUUUUGGUGACUGGAGAGUGCCAGACAAUUGGUCCCAAGGUGGCUGUUGAGACGAGCUCACAAACGUGGAGUGAAGACGUGGUCAUGGAAAGGUUAGUGGCGGUGGAUAAUGCGGCGAUGUUUGUUGAGGAUAGUUCCAGCGUAGGCGUGAGGCUGUGUUCCACGGCGAUAUCGUCUGCCCAGGCAGUUAACGCCACCGAGGACAUGGUAUCGAACGCUGCCACGAAGGGCGACGAAGUCUACGCGGUGAGCAGAUUGGGUCGUGAGAGUGUUGUGACAGUUUCUACGACUUUGGACGGGACCAAGCCGCAAGAGGCCAUCACAGCAUAUACAAUGAGGACGGGAAGGAUAAAGGAGAGGGGCACUUCACCGAUUGUGGAAUCAAAGCGAAUUUCUGUUUCAAGCAACUCUGACUUCAUUGAGCAGCCUACACUCCUAUCGGUAGUCCCUAUAUUGAAUAGUGCUCCUAGAGGAAGAAGUGUUGUGUGCAAGUCCACGGAAACGCUCCGGAAGAUGAUUAGCAGUGGUACAGACGCGAUGCCUGAAAUAAUUCUUCGUACUGCAAAAGGUCAGACUUCAAUUGUUUCUCCUUUUGUUUCACCCUUAAUCGAAUCUGGCGAUGAUAUUUUUUAUAGAUGCUCUCAUUGCUAUUCCGAUUUGAUAUCCUUUAUGCGAAUAGAAGUUUUUGAUAUUGGUACCUCUGUUUCUGAAGAUUUCUUCUCGUCCUCUGGAGAUGUUUUCUUUGAAAUUGCUAGUCCCUUUGAGCCUGAUGCACUAGCUCUUCCGAAGCAUAUUUCUGACGAAAUUCCAUCGCUUUCAUUUGCGUCUAGAAAUAUUGUUUCUAAGGCUAUUUCCUGUUCUCCCAUAUCUUCUGACAUGAAAGAUAUUGGUAUCCAAUGUUUGCCGUAUUAUUUCAAAUCCAUAGGAACUGUCACAUUGUCUGUUGAACGGGAUGGUGCUUAUACCGACCUGAAGCUUACGGUUGAUGAAAGCAGCGUUGCUCAAUCUCCUUCAGGAAGUAAUAUCCAGCAAGAUUUAUCGAUGCCCUAUCAAAAUACACCACUCAGAGAUUCGGUCGUCAGCAGUAAAGCAAUUCAUCAGCCUCAAGUUAUGCCGAAGUUGACAAACACAGCAUCUAUGACUGCCAAAAAAUUAACUGAUAUUUCAUGUAAGAUAAUGCGCUUCGAAGAUAAUGAUUACAAUGCUCUUAUACGUCACCGUGAUGAAGAUAAGGCUUUAACAGAAUUGAAAUCGGACCCAAAUUCUUUUAGAAUGUUAACUGUUGACUCCUAUUUCCAAACGGAAUCUACUGUGUUAGCAAUUGCAUCGCAGUCAGUGGAGUUAGUCUCCGGCAACGUACGAAGAAUGUCUGCUCAGACAGGCGAAAAGAAUUUCCCUGAAGCUCAACUUAAGAAGAAGAUGAAAACUAAAUGUGUAGGCGUCAGUUGUCAAAAUGAAUUAUCACCAAACAUGAUCUUUGCAGCAGUUCAAACGUUAGAUUCUCGUUUACCGACGUGUAUUGCUGAAGAGUCACCGCUAAUUCAAACAGUUGCAACUUCCGAAAUAAUUGAAAGUAACUCUACAGUGGUCAAUGCAGAAAGGUGCUCUAUUACUAAAUCACCACCUUUAAGGCUUAUUUCUACUGCAUUGAUGUCUGCCGAGUCAAUUCGUGAGAUAGGUCAAUUUCCAUCCGUCUCUGAAACUAGAACAAUCCCAACUGAUUACAAUCAUCCAGCAGUGAAGAAUAAAAAGUUGCUAGUAGAUUUGAGCAGUGAUAAGAAUUCCGAAAUGGAAGAGAUGGAAAUGCCGGAGUCCCUAAUUGGACCUUUAUCGACGGCUAAAGAAAUUAAGGAGUCAAGUUCCUCAAUAACUUCUGCGCCGAAAUUUAUCACAUCUGAGACACAGUUCUCUCCACUGACUUUAAAUGUCACUUGUCAGACAAUUGAUAAGUCUCAAGGCCAUCAAGAUGCAGAGCCGAAUGACGUCUUAAUUCCCACAGAGGCUGCUCCUUAUAAAUCUAACAAAGAGGCAUCUAUGGAUCGCUGCGAAUAUAUUUCGUCAGCCAUGAUGUCCUCUAAAUUAGUUUAUGACUCAAGUAGUGCCUGCCAAUUAUUGGAAUUCAAAGAUAUUGGAACUAUCCCUACAAAAUCCCAAUUAAAUGAAUUGUGUACAAUCAAAGUUCAAACAGAAUGCUUAUUAGCAGAUUCACUAUGUCAAACAGAAACAACAGAAUCCAAGAUCAAACCAAUCACGAUUAGAAGUGCGAAAGAGGAUGAAAGGUCCGUUGAAUCUCACAAUAUCAUGGCAACUGAUGUGGUUCAAGAACGUGAAGCUGAGCCGGUAAACUUCGCUUUCUUACAACCUCGUGAAAUUAAGGAGAAAGGUAUUUUAGUUGGUCGAUCUCCUACUUUACCUGAAUCAUCACAAACCACAAUCAAACAAUUUUCUACUGCUGUAUCUACGGGAAUUUUAGUUGUUAAAUCUGAAGUAAUUAUUCCGAAUGAAAGAACUUGUAAGGUGAAUAUGAGUGAGCUCGAUAAAGGUUUUUUGAGAAAUUUGAAAAACAAGAGCAUGAUGACAGAAACGAAGGAAACAAAUGUGAAAGUCUAUGAAUAUUGCAGUUCAUCUUUGUCGAAUUCAAAUGAUGAUGCACCUAUUUCGACUUCAUCUACUUUCGAUAUGAAGCAACAAUCCUCGUCACAAUUUGCAACAAAGGAGUCGCUUUCUACACCUUAUAAUCUUACAUCGACAGCUACCAUGACUGUCAAGCAGUUGAAGACGGAUGAUAUGUCUACUUUCGGUGUUACUGAAGACUUUGAAAAAUUAUUGAUUGAACCUCUAAUAAGACGUCGUGUUGUAAAUAAAUCUAUGGGAACUGUCGACAAGUUCGUGGAAGCAACUCAUAAGACGAAAGAGAGUGGAACUAAUGCUGUACCUGAAUUGCCACUAUCAACUGCUAAAUCUCAAACUUUGAUUGGUUCAAUCGACGAGAUACAAAGAAACGUCCAUCCAGACAUUAAAACAGCUAUUGUUUCAGCUCCUAGUAAUGCUACUCCAUUGCCAGUUUCCGAGCAGGUUUCUAUUGGCGUGCAAUGCUCUAACUCUACAGUCACCGAUGCACAAUCAGACACUCGAAGCAAACCAAUGACACUUGAUUUUGAAUGUCAGGCAUCAUUACCUAUUUCCCCAGAAUCUAUGCAAGCAACUUCACAAGAAAGUGAGGAUAUGCUUCAGGCUACCGUGUCUGCAGAGGUUAGCUCAAUUCCUAUAGAUUCACACAGUUCGAACCCAAUGUCAAGUAACAAAAUGGUUCCUACAGCAACCAUGUCUUCAAAGAUUAUUUCAAAUCAAAAGGAGAAUGUAAGUGUAAUUCCGCCCAUUAAAUCAACUAUUAGUACCAAUGAGGCGGGAAUUUCUCAACAACUACCGAAACUUAGAAACAAGAGCUUGAUGGUUUCCCUCGCGAUUUCUGAUGUUAAUCAUGGUGGCAACGAACACCAAACAAAACAAACAGAGAAACCACGGCAGUCGGAAUUAUCUGAGGGUUUGCAGGCCACUAAUGCUACCAUCAGGAAACUAGCACACUGCGGAACACAGUGUGAGCUUACAGAACAUAUACUCAACCAAGAUUCGUUCCAAUAUUCAGAUAGCAUCAAAGAAUUUUUGAGUGAGAUUACUUCACCAACUAGCACUAAUUGUGCAUAUUCCUUAGAAUCGCUUCUCAUGCCUAACCUUCCAAAAGACUUAAAUAGCGCAUCAACAGGUACUAUGACUGCCGAUAAAGUAAGGAAUCAAGAGGAGGACAAUAAAGACAAGAAGUACAAAUUCGAAACAGCUCAACAAGACAUGGGAAUCGAGUUAAUCCCAAAAAUGGAGAACUUCGAGGAGGAUCACAAACAGCAAAUCAAAAACAAGAAGUUAAUGGUUUCGUUAGAAAGAGAGGAAGUUAAGACAAAGGAAGUUCAGGUUAGUGCACGCACAGUUUGCACAGAAAGCCAAACAGCUGUGGAAGUUAAAGAUGAGCGAUCAGAAGUAAGCUCCUCAGAUGAACUGGGACAUGUAUAUGCGGACUUCGGCCCCACAGACUUUGUCAGUGAUCAGUCAUCGAAAUCUCCCACUAGACAGAUUGAUUCCGCCACCCAGUGUUCCGAUUCACCUUCUCAAUCUUCGUAUCGUAUGUUGUCUGUAGAAACACAAAAGCAGGAUCAAUUCGAGGCGAAGGAUUCGAUUGAACAAGUUGUGUCUGAAAAA